CCUGCUGGUGAUGUGAUAAUACUUUGCAUAUAUUACCAAUCAGCAUAUUGUAGAGAAAAGUAAUAGAUUUGUGGACAACAUGUUAUGUAUAUGCUAAUUGUAUUAUAUUAGUGUAUACUGAAGCACAGAGUUGAAACUGUAUAAUCUGUUACAUCUGAAUCAUGAACCACAAAACAAACUCAGAUUAGCAUGAGGGGCCGGAAACUUAAUAUAAUAAACCUCCCAUAUGAUCUCUCCUCAUGACAGAUUUAAGACAGAAGCUCUCCAGACACUCCCUGCCAUCAUGAGUCUUCAAAUACAGCUAUGCCUUUUGUUUCUCAUUCAACAUUUAUGUAGAGUUGAUGCAAAUGUGAAGUUGCAACAGAAAAUCUCAUCGACCAAAUCUAAGGACAAGACAGUCGUUAUUGACUGUCAUUUUCCUUCAGACUGCAUAAGCUACAUUCACUGGUAUCAACUAAAAGAGGGACAAACCUUAAAAAGAAUACUGUAUUCAUCUAUAGCAGAUGGAACCACAUACAAUGAUGUUGGUUUUGAAUCGUUUAAAGUAGAUAAGAAACAAGAAAAUCUGGCUCUGAAAAUACCUGAACUAAAAAAAGAGCAUUCAGCAAUGUAUUACUGUGCUUGCUGGGUCUCAGGCCGCACAGCAAAAGUCUUCGGUUCGGGUACAAGACUAUAUGUGACAGACCCAGGGAAAGACAAUGUCAAGUCACCAACUCUAACAGCAUACCUACCAACAAAAAAACAAAGUGGCAAACAGACAAGGCUAUGCCAGGCCACUGACAUGUUUCCAGACUUGGUGAAAUUCACCUGGAAAAAGAAGAGCAAGACUGGAGAGUGGACGGAUGUAUCGGAGGACAAUGUUGUGGAGCAGAGGAAUGAAAAUCCAGUCAUCGUGACAAGUAUAUUGAUAGAUCAAAACACGGCUGAAGACGACCUCUAUCAAUGCACUCUUGCCCAUGAAGGAAGCAAGGCACCCGAAAGUAAAAUACUGGAUAACGUUAACGAAGACCCAGCAGAGAAAUCUGAUGAUGCCAUUGAGAACCCAACAUGCCCACCCGACAAUGAGAUCUUAGCAAAUCAGAUAUCAGGCUCUUCAGACCAAAUACCCAGUCUGUACCUGUUUGUCUAUGCGUAUGGUGUCAUGCUCAUGAAGAACGGAGUAUAUUUUUGUGCUGUCCUUAUCUUUCUAUUGAAGAGAAAAGUUGGAAAGAAAGAAGAAAUCUCUUAGAGAUUAAAGGCAUAAGAUAAACAUCAAGCAAACAAAGGUUUAUCAUAUAGAGUACGUUUAGCUAAUUUCUAAAGAUGCAUGUCUGCAACUAUAUUCUCUCUGAUUAAAUGUAUUGCUUUUAAAUGUAUUUGUUGUAGAUCAGCUUUUAUUUUUGCAUCUUUGAAAUGCAAUAUUUUGAUUUUUAAAAGUGCAUAAUAUACCAACAUUUUACAUGUUUUGUUUUCCCAUCAUAAUCUGUUUUUGUGGCAUUCUCUGAAUUUGUUCAAUAAAAUAUGACAAAACUUA